UUCUUCUGCUUCGUCGUCGUCGUCGUCGUUCGGAACGGCCUUUCCUCUGGUUCUUCCCUCCCGUCUCGAGGCUUUGCUUCAGAAAUGCGAGAUUGCAGGCUGCAUUCCCUGGGGAAGCGACCAAGAUUCGACGGCGCCGGAGGAUCUCGUGAACCGGACGAACGUCGAGUCGCUCGCGCCGAGUCUGCAGAGAACGGAGGCAAAGGUGGUGGUGGUACGUCCAAGAGUCGUCUGAACAAAGCCGGCGCUUCUCGCUCCAAACCGGACGAUGAAGACGCGACCGCCGUUCCGGUGCGCUCGAGGACGCGUCCUACUGAGGUAUGUUCUGCCAGAGCACCCUCCGUUGAUGCUCGCGGUGGUGUUGUGAGGAGAGGCUUGAGAACUCCUGCUGCUGGACGCGAGGGAGUCGUUAGUGAUCAGAUGAAGGUGAAGGAGGCGGUGGAUACGUUUCACAAGAUUUUUGAAGAGGUUAAAGGUGCGCGGAAGUCAAAGCAUGUGUUUGGUAAAGGCUCUGGCAUUUCAGUUUUUAGUAAGGCUUUGGAGCGUAUGAAAAGUUCAAACAAGUGUGUUAAUCUCGGAAAAUUGCUAGGCUCUGUACCUGGUGUUGAAGUAGGGCAGGAGUUCUGUUGUAGGGCCGAACUGGUUGUGACUGGCGUUCAUGGUCAAAAUAUGAGAGGCAUAGAUUGGGUCUCGAUGAACGGGAAACGUUAUGCCACGAGUAUUGUUGCGUCUGGCCAGUACUCAAAUAGCAUGAGUUCCAAAGAUGAGGUAGUUUAUUGUGGCGAAGGUGGAAACCCCUUAGUUGGGGGAAGGGGUCGCCUCAAGGAUCAAAAGCUUAGUGGGGGGAAUCUUGCCCUAAGGAAUAGCAUGCAUUUCAAAUCUCCCGUGCGCUUUAUUCGCAGAUAUAAGCUUACGAACUAUGGUUCUGGUCUUACGGAUGCCAACCACGAGAAGCUUUCUAAGUGCAAGUAUGUUUACGAAGGUAUAUUCUACGUGCGCCAGUAUUGGGCAGAAAGAGGGCCUUUGGGAAAGCUGAUUUAUAAGUUCAAAUUGACCAGAAACUUGACGAAAAAUAGCCAUGAUGGGAGUGCUCCAGUUAGUUCGAAUAGUUCAAGGGCUCUUGAACUUGUCUGUGUGGAUGAUAUAUCUCGAGGGAGAGAAAAGAUACCAAUUCGAGUUGCGGGUGCAGUUGAUAAGAAUGGACCUCCACCUUUCAAUUACAUUGUUGAUAUCAUUUAUCCAGAGCGAAAGGACCUGCCUCCUCCAAUCGGUUGCAAUUGUAAGGAAGGAUGUCAUUCCAGGAUAUGUUCUUGUGUAAUAAAGAAUGGAGGGGAAUUUCCAUACAAACAAGAUGGACGAAUUUCGAAGUUUAAGCCCCUUGUUUAUGAGUGUGGCCCAUCUUGUACUUGCUCGCGCUCUUGCAUAAAUAGAGCGAGUCAAAGUGGCAUCAAGUUUGACCUAGAGAUAUUUCAAACUCGAGGAAAGGGGUGGGGCGUCAGAUCACGAUCACACAUCCCGCGAGGAAGUUUUGUUUGUGAGUACAUUGGCGAAGUACUUCCAGAUGAGUUAGUCUUGCCGGAGUUCAACAAACACCAGUACUUCUUUAAUAUUGGGGUUGGUGGUGCCACCCGCAAGGAGAAUGGUGAGCGCUUUACUAUUGUUGCCAAGGCGCAUGGAAACGUUGGGAGGUUUAUCAACCACAGUUGCUCUCCAAAUCUGUAUGCGCAAAAUGUGCUCUCUGAUCACGACGACAAGAGAAUGCCUCACAUAAUGUUUUUUGCUUCGAAGGACAUACUUCCAUUAAGAGAGUUGACUUUUGAUUACACAGUUAGCCAUGUUCGUUGUGCUGAUAUCCUGCAGAGGAUGAAAUGUUACUGUAAUGCUAUAGCAUGUAAAGAAAAGCGUCCCAAAUGAUGAAUGAAGUCGUUAGAGGUCAUGCUGGAAUAUGCUGUUCCUUUUUUUGACAUAGGUAAAUCAUAGAAUUUAGUGUUUGUUUUCUGACUUCGUCACUUGUAAAGUUGUUGGAGAACAAUUGGUAAUAUCAGCAAUCAUGCUGGAA